AUUUUGAUUGGGGGCCGGGGGGGAACUGCAGGCUGCCACUGUCAUCCUCAACCUCAAAAAAAGAGGGAAAAUGGUAUUACAACAGCAAGAAUGCGAAGAGAAAUGGCUGAUGCAUUACUCCUCACUUCAUCAGAUUCUUCUAGUGGGCGAUGGAGACUUCUCUUUUUCUCUGUGUUUGGCCAACUCUUUUGGCUCCGCUUCUAACAUUCUCGCUUCUUCUCUCGAUUCUUACGGUAAGGUGACAAAAAAGUACAAGAAUGCAGAAUCAAACUUAAAGAAAUUGCGACGUUUAGGAGCCACAAUUUUGCAUCGAGUGGAUGCUAUCAACAUGAAGCUGCAUACUGAUCUCCGGAUGAGGAAAUUCGACCGCAUUAUAUUUAAUUUCCCCCAUGCAGGUUUCUAUGGGAAGGAAGAUGACAACCGUCUUAUCCAAAUGCACAGGAGUCUUAUCCAGGGGUUCUUUAGGAAUGCAAGUGGCAUGCUCCGAGCGGGUGGUGAAAUUCAUGUCAACCACAAAACAACACCGCCAUUCUGUCACUGGAAUCUUACUGAAUUGGCAUCAAAGAGUUCUUUGCUUUUGAUCGAGUGCGUUGAUUUCAACAGUGCAGAUUACCCUGGUUACAAUCAGAAAAGAGGAGAUAGUGCGAGGUGUGAUGAGCCUUUUUACUUGGGCAAGUGCAGUACCUUCAAAUUUAUAUUCUCACCCUCUGCAUACAAAAUUCCCAAUUCUUUAAAUCACAAUGGAUUAGCUCAAAGGCAUCCCCGAGUUUCUGUUACAACCCCACAACUUUCGACCAAAUUUGAUGCUCCGUAUCCUUUCAAUGCCCAUACUGCGAUGAAUGGCUCUUCUCACUGUGCUGGAUUAUCGCAAUCCUCGGGAUGCUUCCAGAUCUUCGGUGGGUAUUUUAGUCAUGCCAGGGAGACAUUCGGGAAGGUGGAGUAUGACAUUGUAUCAUCUGUUCGUAGAGAAUUAGAUCACGCGUACAUGAAAUACAUGGCGGAAAGGCCAGGGUGUGGGUUGAGUGGCUAUAUCAAUCUUUUGGAAGAGCUUCUGGAUUUGAGCUCAUCAAGAUCAGCAUGGUUGAGGGAGAAUCUGGUUUGCCUUGAUCAACAGCUCAUGCAAGCUCCCCAGUUUUUGUUGGGGAAUUUGAUGGCACCUUGCCAUCAUGUUUAAGCUCUAACACAAGUUUAUGGUCAUCUGAGGAUAUGAUGUUGAGUCUGUGUAGCAUGGCUAACAAGUUUUAUCCAUAGUAUCUAAAACAUGUCUUUUGUAAGUAUUUGUUUAUGGUUUCCUAGUUGGGUGUCCAACUUGUAUGAGUUUGAGAACGGUGGCUAUAUUUGAAUGAUGUUUCA